UCCCUUAUUUUCUGGACGGAAGGCCGGGUCCUGGGACUUGUCCUCUGACGUCGGGAAGCUGGUGGCCUGUUGUAGGAAGAAGCACGUUGCAAAGUUGACACCACAGUGCAGCAUGGUUGCUUGAGACAGAAGCUUCAGCAAUUGCUGGAAUAACUGGAGGAAGAAAUAUGAAACCUUAGCAGUUCACCCAGGAAGAGAGAUUAAAGAUGGCAGCCCAACGCAUCCGAGCUGCCAACUCCAGCGGCCUCCCGCGGUGCAAGUCCGAGGGGACCUUGAUUGACCUGAGUGAAGGGUUUUCAGAAACGAGCUUUAAUGAUGUCAAAGUGCCUUCUCCCAGUGCCUUGCUAGGAGACAAUCCCACACCCUUUGGAAAUGCAAAGGAAGUGAUCGCAAUCAAGGACUACUGCCCAACCAACUUCACCACGCUGAAGUUCUCCAAGGGGGACCAUCUCUACGUCUUGGACACGUCGGGUGGGGAGUGGUGGUAUGCACACAACACCACGGAAAUGGGCUACAUCCCCUCCUCCUACGUGCAGCCCUUAAACUACCGGAAUUCAACCUUAAGUGACAGUGGGAUGAUUGACAAUCUUCCGGACAGCCCAGACGAGGUGGCCAAGGAGUUAGAUUUGCUCGGAGGAUGGACCGAUGACAAGAAGGGAUCGAGCAAAACCUACAGCAACAAUAACCCUUUCUGGAACGGGGUCCAGACAAACCCAUUUCUGAAUGGGAACGUGCCAGUGACGCCCAGCCUGGAUGAGCUGACUCCCAGAAGUACUGUGGAUCUGCUGCUCUUUGACACAGGCACGUCUUCCUUCACUGAGUCCAGCUCAGCGACCACGAACAGCACCGGCAACAUCUUUGACGAGCUGCCGGCCACAAAUCAACUCCACGCGGAGCCAGUGGUCAAGCGAGACAACCCGUUCUUCAGAAGCAAGCGUUCCUACAGUCUGUCGGAACUCUCCGUGCUCCAAGCCAGGUCUGAUGCUCCUGAGUCAUCGGGGUUUUUCACGGGCUUGAAAUCACCGGCGCCUGAGCAAUUCCAGAGCCGGGAGGACUUCCGCGCUGCCUGGCUGAGCCACCGGAAGCUGGCCCGGUCCUGCCACGACCUGGACUUGCUGGGCCAAAGUCCUGGGUGGGGCCAGACCCAAGCGGUGGAGACAAACAUCGUGUGCAAGCUGGACAGUUCCGGGGGUGCCGUGCAGCUUCCAGACACCAACAUCAGCAUCCACGUGCCCGAGGGCCACGUGGCUCCCGGGGAAACGCAGCAGAUCUCCAUGAAAGCUCUGCUGGACCCCCCGCUGGAACUCAACAGCGACAAGUGCAGCUGCAUCAGCCCGGUGCUGGAGGUAAAGCUGAGCACCCUGGAGGUGAAAACCUUUCUCAUCUUGGAGAUGAAAGUUUCAGCCGAGGUGAAAAAUGACAUUUUUAGCAAAAGCACAGUGGGCCUCCAGUGCCUGAGGAGCGACUCAAAGGAAGGGCCAUAUGUCCCCAUCCCACUCACCUACAACUAUGGGGACACAGUCCAGGUACAGCUGGAAAACCUGGAGCCCUGUAUGUACCUGGCCAUCGUUGCCCACGGCCCGAACAUUCUCUACCCUUCCACAGUAUGGGACUUCAUCAACAAAAAAGUCACGGUGGGUCUCUAUGGUCCCAAGCACAUUCACCCCUCCUUCAAGACAGUGGUGACCAUUUUUGGGCAUGACUGUGCCCCAAAGACUCUCCUGGUCAGCGAGGUCACGCGCCAGGCCCCCAGCCCUGCCCCGGUGGCACUGCAGCUCUGGGGUAAGCACCAGUUCGUCCUGUCCAGGCCCCAGGAUCUCCAGGUCUGCAUGUUUUCCAACAUGACACAUUACGAGGUCAAAGCCGGUGAGCAGGCCAAAGUGGUGCGAGGGUUCCAGAUGAAGCUGGGCAAGGUGAGCCGGCUCAUCUUCCCCAUCGCCUGCCAGAACGCCGGCGAGCUCUCUGACUUCACCCUGAGGGUCCAGGUGAAAGAUGACCAGGAGGCCAUCCUGACCCAGUUUUGCGUCCAGACCCCCCAGCCACCCCCCAAAAGUGCCAUCAAGCCGUCCGGGCAGAGACGGUUUCUCAAGAAGAACGAGGUCGGGAAAAUCAUUCUGUCCCCGUUCGCUGCCACCACCAAGUACCCGACUUUCCAGGACCGCCCGGUGUCCAGCCUCAAGUUCGGCAAGUUGCUCAAGACGGUGGUGCGGCAGAGCAAGAACCACUACCUGCUGGAGUACAAGAAGGGCGACGCCAUCGCUCUGCUCAGCGAGGAGAAGAUCCGGUUGAAGGGGCAGCUGUGGACCAAGGAGUGGUACAUCGGCUACCACCAGGGCAAGGUGGGCCUCGUGCACGCCAAGAACGUGCUGGUGGUGGGCAGGGCCAGGCCCAGCUUCCUCUCUGGGCCCGAGCUGAGCACCUCGGUGCUGCUGGAGCAGAUUCUGCGGCCCUGCAAGUUCCUCACCUACAUCUACGCGUCCGUCAGGACCCUGCUCAUGGAGAACAUCAGCAGCUGGCGCUCCUUCGCCGACGCCCUGGGCUACGGGCACCAGCCGCUCACCUUUUUCUGCCGGGCCGAGCUGGACAGUGAACCCGAGCGGGUGGCGUCUGUCCUGGAGAAGCUGAAGGAGGACUGUAACAACACGGAGAGCAAAGACCGCAAGUCCUUCCAGAAGGAGCUCAUGAUGGCCUUACUGAAAAUGGACUGCCAGGGCCUGGUGGUCAGACUCAUCCAGGACUUCGUGCUGCUGACCACGGCGGUCGAGGUGGCGCAGCGCUGGAGGGAGCUGGCGGAGAAGCUCGCCAAGGUGUCCAAGCAGCAGAUGGACGCGUACGAGUCUCCCCACCGGGACAGGAACGGGGUCGUGGACAGCGAGGCCAUGUGGAAACCUGCCUAUGACUUUUUACUAACCUGGAGCCACCAGAUUGGGGACAGCUACCGGGAUGUCAUCCAGGAGCUGCACAUAGGCCUGGACAAGAUGAAAAACCCCAUCACCAAGCGCUGGAAACACCUCACAGGGACUCUGAUCCUGGUGAACUCCCUGGACAUUCUGAGAGCAGCUGCCUUCAGUCCUGUGGACCAUGACGACUUCGUGAUUUGACUGGAUGCCCUCUCCUCAUUGCUGUUCUGGGGCCCUCCGUCUGCCCUGGAUGCCUGGUGCAGUCAUGUGGAGCCGGGGAGGGAGGAAGGGAGGGUCGGCUGCUCAGACUGAUCCAGGGUCUGUCCCUGGUGGACCCGCACCCAAGGACCAAGGACCAAGCACACGCAAGGCUCCACCCGCCUCCCCCAUCGCGGGGGAGGCCUGAAGGGAAUUUCUACUGCAGGUCGUUGCCAAUCAGAUAGCUUUCUAUUUGUUAAGUAUAAACUUAAAUUUAAAAUCACUUUUUUUAAAGUAUGGGGGGAGGGGGCAUAUGAGAAAAGUGGUAUCUAAUUUUUUAAUGGACCGUAAAGGUGAAAAAAAAAAUACACUUAAUAGGAGCAGAUGCUGUUGAGGUUUUUAUGUGAUAUAAAGACCUUUUUAAAUUAUGUUACAGAUGUAUAUAUGUAUUUAAGGGUCAUGGGGGGCAUUUCUGAUUCCCGGACACACUUUGCAUUUCAACUUAGCACGGAAAGGCGCUCAUUCAGGUAUUGGGCCUUUUCGUACUUGGUAAAAAAGUGGAUCCAAUAGGAAACUUGGUUUUUUGGUAAAUGAACGUAGUUCAGGCCCACUCGUUCUGAGAAUGUCCUGGGUCCUGCUCUUCUCUCAUUUGUAUUCUCUUCCAUGCCUUUGCCCCAUGGUGCAUAAAUGAUCAGGCACAGCAGUGUGAGCCUUGCUUGAGCUGUGGUGGGCGGAGUUAAAUCCGACGCGAGCAGUUAGGUGUCCUUGAGAUGAGAGGGCAGCUGGGCGUUGGCGUUCUGUAUGGCCCCUGCCCGUGUGCAGUUGGUCGUUCAAUAGAGCAAUGCCAUUGGAGUGAGUUGGUCCCUGCAGCUCCAGGAGGCCACUGUCAUGUGUCUCCCCGGGGGCAGGGGAGCGUUUCCUGCAGAGCUGUCCCAUCUCUGGGCAUGAAGGAGACUCCACCACCAGGGAUACCCUGUGCUGAUGUACAAACGGGCCUGCUGCCAUUUUCCAACUCUCCACUUCAUUCCCU